AUGGGAGGAGGAGCAGGAGGAGGCCAGAAAAGGAGGAGUGGAGACAGGAGGAGCAGGAAAGAGGAAGAAGGUGAGAGGAGGAGGAGAAAGCAAGAGGCAGGAGGAGGCGAGAGAAUGAGGCAAGAGAAGGAGGAGGAGGAAGCAGGCAAGGCAAGAGGAGGAGGCAAGAGAGGGAGGAGGCAGGAGAGGGAGGAGUGGAGACAGGAGGAGCAGGAAAGAGGAAGGAGGCACUAUUACAGACUACCAGAGGGGACACUGGAGCUGGCCAAAAUCAGCAAAGUGUUGAUGGCCAUGGAGCAGGGAAGAGUGACGGAAUUCGAAGGAAAGAGCCUCGACCAGAUACAAAUUGAGCCUGAAGGGAGAGCAAUGCACCCCAUGGUAGUGGCAGUGCCCCUUCUGAACGUGUAA